AUGCGAGCAGGAGAAACGACAUCAUGUCGAAUUGCUGUUGAGGGGAAUUCUUUUGCAUUUGAGGGUGUUUUUGACCAGUUUAUUACAUGUUUUGUGGAUGUACUCAAGGUUGAGGAGCUUCCACAUAUUGUGCGGGUUACGUAA